AUGAGCAAUUACCAAUCUAACUUCAAAGAGUAAAAAUCUCAGGAUAGCCAUUCAUAGCCUGCGUCAAAUAAUAGUUCGAUUUUAACUCAUUAAUCAAGCAUAGAUAAAAAUAAAUAAAAUUAACCGAAAAAUUAGCAAACGCCAUAAAUACAACGCUAAACAGCAGGAUUACUAGAUUAGUCAGCAUCGUUUCAUGGAAAUUAAGGAAUUAAUGGAGGAUUAAGCUUAUAGCAAAGUAUAAAUAAUACCAAUCCAAGUAAUAUGGAAUCAUUCAAUAGAUAUAUUACUUAAUUAAUCCCAAAUAGAGCAUAGAAAGUUGUUGAUAAUGUUUUAGAAAAAUAUGAAAAAAUUAAAGAUAUCAUUGAAAAAAAUAUUAAACCAAAUAAGUAUAGUUUAAGCGAAGAAGAACUUUAAAAAUUGACAAUAUCUAUAAGCGAUUUUGACCAGUAUAAAAAUAGGAUACUUACAGAUUAUAAAGAGUAUUAACAUUAAAAAUAGUAAAACGGUAGUUUUGAAGAUCAUCUUCAUGAUAUGCACCUUAACAAAAAUUUGAUUAAUUGCUAUUCUAAAGUGCCUACAAUAUUUUUUAAAGAGUAUGAAAAUGAAAACUAUCCUUUUUUCAAUGAUAUUGGAAGAGACGUUAGGGCUCUUAUGUAGUAUCAAAAUUAAUUAGUUGAAUACCUUGAUGAAGUAGAGCUAAAUUUAUUCUAUCAAGUAUACUUUAGAUUCAAUCAGAUACUUGAAAUGAUAUUAAAUUUUGAUAAAAUGGGAAGUAAGUGUGAAGAAAAUCUCUAAAAAGUUAAGAUAAUUAAAGAAACUAAUUAAAAAAUGAAAUAAAAGCUUUUGAAAGGAGGCUUGGAAAUAGUCAAAAAGAAAAAGGCUCAACAAAGACUUUUAAUGACUUAUGAAGUUUUAAUUAGAAUGAAAUAAUUAAACUAAAAUAAAGAUUUAGCUUUAUAAGAAGAUCCAAAGUUAGAGCAAAUAUUACUAAAUGAAGAGGAAAAGUUAUCUAAUUAUUCUUCACCAUAGAAUAACUUACAAGCAUAAAUUGCUAACUCAUAAAACAAAAUGACUAUAAGUGGAGAAGUUAAGAAAAGUGAUAGGCUUUUAGAAAAAUUAAAGUCAAUAAGCCUUUAUAAUUUUAUUUAAAAGAAAUAUGUCUAAGUUAUUAAGAAGGAAGAGCAAGACCACUACUCAGAAUUACUUGAUGGCAUUAGCAAAUAUUUGAAAGAAAACUUAAAUUAUAAAGAAGUUUAGAAAAAGUAGAAUCAUGCAGAACUAAGCAUAGAUAUUUCUAGCAUUCACAGCUACAACAGUAAUUUACACAAUGAUUCAUCAUCAAUUCAUUAUGAUUAGGAAGAUGAUAUAGAUGAAAGCCUCUAAGUAUUUGAAUGGACUUUUAAUGAUAUUCACUCAAUUUAAGCUACUGAGACAAAAUUGGCUAAGUUAUACCUGAAGUCCUCACAUAACUUUGAACUUAUAAGAAUUGAAGUUCUUAAAAAUAACAUAAUUAAAGAUGUAUAAAAGUUUCAAAAUUAAAUUAGAAAUUAGUUCAGAGAAUACUGUAUUUAGCUUUACAAAACUCAUAACUAUCAUGAGAAUAAAGAAUUUAAAUAAGAUAAGGAUGAUUAACAUGCAUUUUUAAAUGAUGUUAAUGAUAUCCUAUUGAUUAAAUUUGCUUAGUUUUACUCAAAGUUAAUAUAAUCUUACAUUGUUAAAUCAUUUUCCUUGAUUUAUCAAAUAAAGUAAGAAAUAAUAACUUCUACUUGGUAAACUGAGCAAUCAGUAGAAUAUUGGGGUUAAAAAGUAUUACCUAUUAUUUGUAAUUUCACUAAAUUUUAGAUAGAAAUAUUAGAUACCUUUUCUUCUGAUCUGAUUGCAUAUGUAAAAUAUAUCAAUACAUCUACAGAUGCUAAUUUGGCCUUCAAAAUAAGUUCUUCAAAUGAACUCUUUUAAUAUUGGCUCAAGGAAUUUCCUACUAUGUUUAAGAAAACCUCUGAGCUAUCCUUUUUAGAAUCCACUAAUCUACCAAUAUAAAUAUAAUCUGAAUUAGUAAAGGCAAAUAAAGACACCAUUCAAACUUAUGACAUAAAUUAUUUCUACAAGCAAAAAUCAGGACUUCAUUUUGAGCUAUUUACAACAUUUGAUGAAAAGCAAAGAAUUAUAUUAGAAAAUGCCUUAUCUAAUGAUAAUUGGAAUCCUUGUAACAUCUCAUAUAAAAUAUACAACCUUUUAGACUAUUUUUUUAUAUAAAAAAAAAAACAUGAUUUACAUAGCAAUAGUGAUGAUGAAGAAGAAUAAUUUAACAAAAUAAGAAGCAAUAUCAUAAAAGCAGAUAGUGAAGAUGAAGAGGAAGACCUACAAGAUUUAAAUCAUUAUUACAUUAAAAAAUUUGAGAGAGAAUACAAAAUUCAAUUAAAUAAGCUCAUCUUUGAAAAGGAAAAUAAAAAGUACAUGUUCUCUGAAGGAUUUUUAGUUUUCUUAAAGCAAGUUUAGAAAUAUAUAGGAAUAAUGGCAGAAUCUAAAAUAUAAUACAGCAAAGAAUAUUUUAUCAGAUUUAUUUCUCUUCUAAGGUAGUACAAUACCUUUUCAAGAGAGUUUAUUGUACUUGCAAAAGGAAAAAAUCCUUAAUUUCCACAGAUGAAUGGGAAAGUUACAGUAAAAAAUUUAGCCACUAGCUCUCUAAACUUGACAUUUCUUAUUAAGAUAUUUGAUAAAAUCAAAGAAAGAUUAGUUUAAAAUACAGAUGUUUCGAAGGAAAUAAUUGAUGCAGAGUUUCAGAAGAUCAAAAUAGAUAUUUAAAAUCAUAUUUCCGAAAUUUUUGGAACAAUUCCAAAUAUUAUUAAGGAUAUGUUAUAAAAAUCUGCAUCAUAGGUAAAUUUGCUUGGUUGGCAUAAACCCUAAGAAAAAAUAAAUGUUCCUCUUGCUCAAACUGCACGUAUUGUUGAUAGUAUUCGCUCAAUGUAUAACGUCUUAGAGGAAAUAUUAAACACAAGUGAGCUGAAAUAUAUUUUUGAAAUGAUUAUUAAUGAUUUUAUUGAAAUUUACAUUUAUACAUUUAUUUAGCUGUUAACCUCUUCUGACAGUAAUAGGCUUUCUGUUUAAAGGAUAAAAGAUGAAGUUACCUAUUUUUGUAAUGAAAUAGUCGAGAUAUCUAUUAUACCACAACUUUCUAAUAUAGAAAUGUUGAUUCAUUCAGUAGAGUAAGUAAUUUAGAUUUAAAAAGUACCCAGAUUGGAGGAGAUAAAAAAUAAGUAAUAAAAUAUUGAAAACAUAGAAGAUGAAGAUUAAUAAAUAGAUCUUUCAAAAUAAAAAGCAUAAUAAAAUAAUAAAGAAGAUGAAAUUUAAAGAAUCACUAAAAAAUUCUCUUAGUUAAAAGAAAAUGAUGAUGACUAAUAAACAGAAAAAAUGUACUAAUCAUCUGAAAUGAAUAAAAUUAAUAUAAAUAAUAAUAGUAACAAAAAUAUGAUAAAUGACUCAUAAUCUGAGUCACCUAACAAGAAUAGUAAUAAUCAAAUUUCAGUAAAUAACCAAUCAUCAUGA